CAGAUACAAGUAUCAUUCAAUAGUCUAGUCACUGGGUCCUUGGAAGGAGGUGGCCUGUCGUGUCCCCGCAGGCGGGCUGCACGCUUUAAUGGGACACAUGUUACUGUGUGGCCCCCACAGGCCCUGCUUGCAACUGGCUUUGAGCAACCACAGGCAGAAAAUUGCUACAUUGUCCUGACAUUAGGGCGACUAAUUCAGCAUCCCAGCGUGGCCAGAGCGUGAAGGGAGCAGAAAAGCAUCACUGGCCAGCAUCCUCGCCUCAGCAUCUUUAUCAGGCCUCAGGACACCUAGCGCCCCACCAUCAUCAUUUAGGAUGGCCCCCAGCUCACACAGCUCCCUGCCAUAGCGGAGGACCACCAGAAGAAUGUUGGAUCUCCAAGCCUCUGAUGGAGAAGAAGCGUCGUGCCCGCAUCAACCUGUCACUGGAGCAGCUAAGGUCUCUUCUGGAGAGACACUACUCCCACCAGAUACGGAAGCGAAAGCUGGAGAAGGCCGAUAUCCUGGAGCUGAGCGUUAAGUACGUGAGAAGCCUCCAGAACUCAUUGCAAGGACUCUGGCCAGUACCCAGUGGGGUGGACUACCCGUCCGGAUUCCGAGGCGGCUUGCCGGGCUCCAGCCAGAGGCUUCGGCCCGGAGAGGACGACAGCGGCCUGCGCUGCCCCCUGCUGCUCCAGCGCAGGGCAGGCAGCACCACGGACAGCGCCAACCCACAGACGGCCUCUGUUCUCAGCCCCUGCCUCCCGGCCAUCUGGGCCCCUGGUCCCGCUGCAGGUGGCUCCCAAUCCCCGCAGUCCCCGUUCCCUCCCCUUGGAGGUCUCCUUGAGUCCUCCACUGGCGUUCUGGCACCGCCACCUGCAUCAAACUGCCAGGCCGAGAAUCCGAGACCCGGGUUUCGCGUGUGGCGGCCCUGGUGAGGCCUAGGCAAGAAUUUAGAUUCAAGCCCUAACCUCCGCCCUUAUCACCUCGCCGUCUAGUUUGGGGGAAACUAUUUGGGGACACCCAAGGUGACUUCAGGGACUCUAUCAAUCGGUGGCCUGGUGGGGCUGCAGGGAAAUACACGGAGUCAUUUGCUGAAGGGGUCUGCACGUCUAGGUGAAUUCACCCAUUCCAGCCCCACCCUCUCCAGCCAAACCAACUUUUCACUUCCCGUUCUUAGUGAAGAUGGGAGGGAACGGGUGAGCUGUACCCCUUUCCCAGGGACGCGGGGCUGGCAGUCCGCCCCCGCCCCCCUUUCACCGCUGCGUCACGGUGGGAAGGUCGCGGUUGCUAGCGGAGCAGAGCGGACCCCUCGCAGCGAGGAGAAUCGCUGCCCCGCCCUGGCCCAUUCAACGGGCCUCCGGCGUUCAGUUCCCACCGGCACAAAGCGCGCUGGGCCCCGCCCCUUCAGCGAGGGGCUCCCAUCCUACCACCACCCAAGACCCUUUCACUACCAUCGCAACCCAUCACCCCCUCUGCACUGAUUCACACUGCUGGCGCGCUCUUCCAGGUCCUCCCUGCGCAAAUACCUAUGGCUGCGGCGUGCUGGUGCCGAGCACUGGCUCCGCCUCUAAGGUACAUUGCGUGCUCGACGCCGCGCUUCGCCACAAUCUAGAGUCCCCGGUCCCACCCAUCCCUGCGUAGAACGGCUGAGACCAGAGCAUUCCGUGUUCUGCAAAGACCACUGUAGUGCCUUCUGAGCCGUAGACUGGAACUAAGAGGCUAUUAGUUACCAUGCACUGGGACUGUGUUGGGGAGAGGGUUCGUGUUGUGGAUCAGUCUUGGCUGCAGUUCGAAAUCCCAGCGCCUCCUACUUCCAACGUACAAUUCUGAAUAAAGACUGGGCGUGAAUACAGACCUGAGACCUGAGUGCACCACAAA